UGUAGCCAAAUCGGUAUAAAUUCCUAUAAAAUCGAAUGGUAUAACUUACCAGUUAAGGAUGCUUACGAUCUUAUUCUUUUGAUCUCCAUAUCUCAAUGUCCACCAAGACUUACGGCCGGAAGAAUCAUUGAAUUAUCUCUCAACACUUUUAGCUCCGUGAGUUUUUUGAUCGUUAUACUGAUAUUUUGAAAACAAAAUAUUACACACUUUUCAAUUUUUAGGUAGCGAAGACGUCGCUGGCUUACCUGAACUUGAUACGAACAUUUACAGACUGGUAAUGAAACCUGAAUUUUUUAAUAAUAUCACAAAAUUACUAUAACUGCAGUAAUUAUUUUAUUUGUAAAAAUAAUUUUGUAGAUAUCCGUUUUCAACAAUAACUUUGAAGAUGUACCUGCUCAACGUAGUUUAUUUAAUUUUUGUGGAGCAAAUCUGAAGUACAUAGGUGAAAUAUUUUAAAUUAUAAAUGUACAGAACGUAGAAUUACGUAA